GUUUGCGAACUUGAUCUUUCUUAGUCCUAUGAAAUUGACCAUAUCAGCUUGUUAUUGUUGUUUUCCCCUUAUCGGGAUCCUCAUGAAGUUGCCCGAACUUGCAUGGGUUGGGGGGAUGAGGAUAAUUUUUGGAUUGAUUUUUCUCUCAUAAAUUUUGAAGACGUGUUUUAUUUAUGAAUAUAUGAUAGUAAAGCUGGAUUACACUUUCUCCUAUGUGUUACUAAUUCCUCUAUUAAAUUUUGAAGAUUGGUUCUGCAAUGUGGAAACCAAAAAUUUUAAUUUGACUGAAGGUUAUUAUAUUGGGCAGGAUUGGAUAUGAAUAUGAGUUUAUUGGAAGGAUCAUUAAUGAAGUCUCUCGUAAGAUCAAUUAUACCCCUUUACAUGUUGCCAAUUGUCCUAUUGAACUUGUGUCUUGGGUGCAGAAAAUAACCUCACUUCUAGAUCUUUCAUCCAAAGAGAAAGUUAUCAUGGUAGGAAUAUGUGGAAUUGGUAAUCCUACAAUUUCAAGAGAUGUGUAUAAGUCGGUUGCUAAUACUUUUGAUGGUUCAUGUUUUCUUUCUAAUGUUAGGGAAAAUUCUGAUAAGAAUGGCCUGCUACAUCUCUAACAAACAUUAAUUUCUAAAUUAGUAAAGGAGAAAGAUAUCAGUUUAGGAGAUGUUAGUGAGGGAAUUUCAAUACUAAGACAUAGGCUCAAUCAAAAGAAGGUUCUUUUGAUUCUUGACGAUGUUGUCAAAUUGGAGCAGUUACAAGCACUUGCUGGAAGGUGUGAAUGGUUUGGUUUUUGGAAGUAGAAUCAUCAUUACAACUAGGAAUAAACAUUUGUUUGCAAGUCAUGGGAUUGGGAGAGUAUAUGAUAUUGAAGAAUUAAACGAUGAGGAAGCACUUCAGUGGUUUAGUUGGAAGGCAUUUAAAAAGGAGAAGGUGCAUUCAAGUUACAGAGGUGUUGUAGAUCAUGCAAUAAUUUAUUUGAGCGGCCAUCCAUUAGCUUUGGAAGUGAUAGGCUCUAACUUAUGUGGUAAAAGAAUAGAUGAAUGGAGUUCUGCAUUAGAUAGAUAUGAAAAAAAUACCUAAUAAAGAAGUUCUAGAAGUCCUAAAAUUAAGCUAUGAUGCUUGAGAGGAAGAUGAGAAGGAAAUUUUCCUUGACUUGGCUUGUUUCUCCAAAGGUUACCAAUUGCAAGAUGUGAUGAAUAUUUUGGCAUGUGCUCAUGAUGCUCAACCAGAAUAUGCUGUUGGAGUGUUGGUUGACAAAUCUCUUAUAAAAAUCAGUCCUUUUGGUACAAUUGAAAUGCAUAAUUUGGUGCAAGAUAUGGGCAAACAAAUAGUUGGACAAGAAUCACCAAAAGAGCUGGGUAAUCCCAGUAGCUUAUGGUUAUAUGAGGAAAUUAUUCAUGUUUUACAAGAAGAUACAGUAAGAACAGUUUUGGCAUAGUUCUAUUUUUCUUUGUGCAACUUAAUUCUUUUCUCAAAAGAGUUUAAAUAAUAAGGUCUGAGAGAAGUUUUACUUUAAUAUUUUUUUAAUAUAGGUUAAUAGUGGCAGGAACACUUGUCUUAAGACUUGAAUACCACUUAAAUCUAUUGUGUUUUUUAUAUUGAAAGGGAACUGAUAAAAUUGAAGCCAUAAUUCUGGACUAAUGUAAAGAAGUACAGAUGAGUGGGGUGGAAAGGAGUUGAAGAAGAUGAAGAACCUCAAAGUACUUAUCAUCAGAAAUUCAUGCUUUUCUAGAGGCCCUAAAUAGCUCCCUAAUAGUUUAAGAGCUCAAGAAUGGAAGAAGUAUUUACCAGAUAAUUUUUAUCCGGUAAAACAUUUCUAUCUCGACCUGUCUAGAGUUGUUGUCUAUUGCUGAAAUCACUUCAGAUGGUAUGUAUUUAAGUAUUGUUAAAAUUACUUCUUGUUUCUUUGCUUCAUUUUAACAAUAAAUUUUAUCUUCAUUUUGCAGAAGUUCGAGAGUUUAAGUUACUUGAAUUUUAGUAAUUGUAAAUUUUUAAAACAUGUACCUAACUUAUUUGGAGUACCACACUUAACAGAAUUGUGGCUAAUGAUUAUCAGAACUUAAUUGAAAUUGAUGAUUUGGGUUGAUUAUUGGAUAAGCUUUGAUGAUUGAGUGCUAAAUGAUGCACCAAGCUCAAGACCUUGCCUCAUGGUAUUAAGUGGGCAUCUCUUGAAUAUAUCGAACUCUUUGGUUGCUCAAGUCUUCAAAGUUUUCCAAAAAUAAUGGAUAAGAUGAAGAAGUUGAGAAAACUUUCUUUGAAUUGGACAAGCAUAGAAGAACUACCAUCUUCAAUUUGCAGUCUUAUUGGACUCCAGUACUUAAACUUAAGGGAUUGCAAACAUCUUAAGCGACUUCCAACUAGCAUUCAUUUGUUGCCAAAACUUUGGAUACUCGGGGCUAAUUGGGAAGAUGGGAAACUAGUUAGCUCCGGCAAUGUUGUAAUGUCUUCAAAUAUGGCUACUAUUAGUUUCUUAAAUUGCAGUAUGUUGGAUGACUUCAUCGCUUUAUGUCUUUCUUGUUUCCCCAAUAUGAUGUCUGUGGACCUAAGCUUCAGUAAUUUCACCACCUUUCCAGAAUGCAUCAUAGAAUUUCAACUUCUGACGAAUCUUUUUCUAGAUCAUUGCAAGAAGCUUCAACAUGUUGCAGGGAUGUCUCCAAACCUAUUAAUAUUCAUUGCUAAAAAUUGCACAUUGUUAGACUGGUUGUCUGCAAGCAUAUUAUUGCUUCAGUCAUUCCACUAGCCUGGAAAAAGAAGUUUUUUCUGCCAGGAGAAAGUAUCCCAGAAUGGUUUGGUCACUAUAACAAGGGAAACUCAAUGUGCUUUUGGGUCCAAAAGAAGUUCCUUGCCAUUGUGGUGUCUUCUCUCUGGAGAUUUUUGUAACAAGGAUUGCCCACCUAAAUUUAGCUUGCCUGUGCAAAUUAAUGUCAUUGGGAAAGGGUUUUCUUCUGAAGUGGUUUCAAUAUUGACAAUAGAAUAAGAUCACAUAUUUCUGUGUGGUCUACAGAACAUACUUCUCUAUGCUGAACUCCCCAAAGCAGAUGAAUGGAAUCAAGUGCAGGUUUCUGUUUAGCAAGAAAUUAGGAGGCUCAAGGAGAGAGUAGAGAUAAAGUGCAUUGGAGUUCACGUGUACGAAAAUAGGAUGGAGAAUAUCCAGUUCAUAAAGCCUGAUCGCCCAAAGCAAAAUACCAUAACUUUUACAACUCCAAUGAUGAAUUGAAACACUUCAAUGACGACUUGGAACAAUUAGCUUUAAUCAACUCUAUGCCCCCAGCUGGAUGUGUAACUGCAUCCAAACUGAGAGAAAAAGAUAUAAAGCUAUACAGUGAAGGCAACAAACUUUCAAGGAGCCCAUGUUGCGAAGAACAUGGGGACUAUAUGAAUCAGGUUUCAAGUUCAAAAAGACCAAAAUGGGCAAACCAUUCAGUUAUGCAUCCUUCAGCAAAAGCUCAAAUCGAGUGUCAGCUCAGAAGUUUUCCGGUGACACUAAGCAUUCAUGCACCAAGUACUAUGGCGUCCCAUGAUGGAAUUGCUAAAGAACUACUACAAAUAUCUAGUUCCACUUUGUCUACAGUGUUUUCAAAUGCUAUGGAUCGAUCUCCAAAUGAUAUAGAAGCAGAAGACGCUGAGCCCUCUGUUCGUUCACCUUCCACCAGCACCAGGCUAGGUAAAGAGACGCAGAGAGAAUUGAAAGCCUUGAAAGAUUUGCUGUCCAAGAUUUUUCUUUAUUGUUGUAUCUGGGAAGCUGCAGCACCAUGAGAACCUCCCAAGAUUACCUCUCCAAUUUGUCAUUGAAAUUAAGAAAUUUCAAGAGAAUUCAAUCAAUGGAUAAGGGACUGACAUGUUACAGGUAGAGAAAUAAAUCCUACUAGUUGUAAGUAGAAGAUUUUGAAAUUGAUUUCAAGAGGAGUGGUACAAGGUGUUGGCCAUCUUAGAAUCCACGGCGAAGGCUUCUAUGGGAAAGAGGGAAGGCACUGGAAGCUCAAAAAGUCGAGAGAACAAGUGCCAUCUUGGAUACCUGAGAUGGAAUCCACAACUGAAAACCGAUCAAAUAUCACUUUGUACGGUAAUCAUGAACAAAUUAGAAUUUGUUGAGAUUUGUAUGUGCUAGUUGUGAUGAUAGCAAGUAGUUUAUGAUUUGCAAUAUCAAGAAUGUGUUGGAUUAGGACUCCAUUAGAUCAUGAUUUGUUUGGCUUA